GCAUCCUCGUGGCGAAAGGAAGAUAAGCAAGAUGAGUGAUCCAGGUGCAACCAUCAACACAGCCGAUCAUGACAAGAGCAGUGGCGCUGUUGGGGCUGAGGGGAAGCGAGACAGCGGGCACGUGAGCACGCAAAUCAUAAACCAAGUUCUUGCUGAGGAGGAGAAAACCAUGGAUGUGGAUGCGGAUGCGGAUAUGGAUUUGGGGGAGCAAGGCAGUGAGGUUGUCGAGGGGGACACCGAUGCAGAUGACACGACAGAGCAGAGCCUCGAAGAACUGCUGGCGUAUGCUGAAGCAGAGGGCAUGGGGCCCACUGAGAUCAACAAGGACGCCACCCAAGGGCAACGACAAUCAAAGGAGAACCUGCGCACCGGUGCAGAUGCAGAUGCACAAACUGCAGACAGCGUUGACAAAGCUGAUGAUGGCGAGCAUGGCGAUGAGAAUGCUGUGAACGGCGCUGAAGGUGAGGGCAAGAAGAAGAAGCAGGAGGGUGAGCAGGAGAGGAAGGGGGGAACGGAGAAUGCAGACGAGCAAGAAGACAAUGGCAAUAGUGAUGACGAAGAUGAUGAGGAUGAGGAUGAGGAUGAUGAUGACGAUGAUGGUGAUGAUGACGAUGACGAUGGUGAUGAUGACGACGACGAUGACGAAGAUGGUGUCCUAGGAUUUGUUGUGGACACGGAGCGUCUGGAGCCCGUUAAUGUUGCCGCAGCAAAGAUCAAAACGAAACAUGAGGUUUUGCCAACGGAGCUGCCACUUGAGAAGGAGGAAAAGGAGAUCCCAUCACUCGACGAGAAAGUGUCUCUCACAAAGAUGGGCGCCGUAUCCGCAACCGUCAACCUCAUGGGUAUGUUUCUAUUUAGCAUGUGA